UAACGCAGUUCGUUAAUUGUUUCAGGUUAUGUGUGCGUGCAGUUAGAUAAGCAACAGUGUGGUGGGGUUGUUGAAGUGAUCCAACAUUGUGGAAUGGUUCCUGUGUGUUGGCGGUGUCUUGUUGAUUUGUGCGGUUGAGGAGAGUUCAGCACAAUGGGGAAGCUGCUAUCAAAAAUCUUCGGCAACAAGGAGAUGAGGAUAUUGAUGUUGGGCCUCGACGCUGCCGGAAAGACUACUAUUUUAUAUAAAUUAAAAUUAGGUCAGUCAGUCACAACGAUACCUACGGUCGGUUUCAAUGUCGAAACUGUAACGUAUAAAAACGUCAAAUUCAAUGUAUGGGAUGUUGGGGGGCAGGAUAAAAUACGACCGCUUUGGAGGCAUUAUUAUACAGGCACUCAAGGUCUAAUAUUCGUGGUGGACUGCGCGGACAGGGACCGCAUCGACGAGGCGCGCCAGGAGCUCCACCGGAUCAUCAACGACAGGGAGAUGCGCGACGCCAUCAUACUCAUCUUCGCUAACAAACAGGACUUGCCAGACGCAAUGAAACCUCACGAGAUACAAGAGAAGUUGGGUCUGACCCGCAUCCGGGACCGCAACUGGUACGUGCAGCCGUCGUGCGCGACCACCGGCGACGGCCUGUACGAGGGGCUCACGUGGCUCACCAGCAACCACAAGUUAUGAGCUGCAGAGUAGGCGGCCGAGUGCCGCCGCGCCCGCCACGGUGAGGAUGUCGAUGCCAUUUAAUUUAAGUAAGCGCCCGUGUGCCGGAACAAGCAACGUCAUUGUGAAUACCAGUGUUGAUUCUAUAUAAUGGUUAUACAGACAUAAACGCUCCAGUGAAGGUGCGAGAGACUGUCCGUGUGAACACAACGUUAGAUAGCAAGCAAGCGAACGCUUGUCACAAAAUCAAUUAUUCCAUAUUUAAAAAGAAAACAAAUUUAGAAUGUUUUGUUGUAACGAUAUUCGAUUAUUUUUUUAUGUUAUUUAAAGAAUUAUUACAUAAAGUAAAAUGAUUUUUUUAUUUAGUUUAAUGUUUACCUCCUUUGUAUAGUAAGGUAGAAUAAAGUUUCUAAUGCAUUAUUGUUGGUAAUCGAGGACUAUGUAUGGAUGAUCGCAAUAUUGUUUAUUAUGGAUAUUUAAGUGAUAGCUAUGCACGCUGCGUAGGUCAUUGGUAUGAUGUAGCUUGACUGUCGUUACUCCCACUGUCCCGAUACACAGAAUACUAAACGAGAUGACUUAUCCGCAUCUUUGAACAUUCAUAAUACGAUUAAGUUUGACACAUUGAUAACUUUAUAUUUUGUUAUGUGUAUGUAUUUAUUUUUAAUAUUUGCACUUGAAAUAUUAUAAUCAUAUUUGUUAAAGUGAUGCUUCAUAUGCCUCCUAUUGUGGUUAAGUAAUGUAAAAACAGGUCGGUUUGGCAUUUCAUAGAGACUUCCAGUGUUUCAUAGUGACUAGCUAUUUUAUCAACUUAUUGUAUACUUAAUAAAUAUAUUCUUUUAUCCUGCAGUUUUGUUGCUUAUUGUUUUAACAUACUCGCAGCGGUCAUAUAAAUCCUCAGUAGAUCAAUAUUAGAAUCUUUGUGGUAAAUACAUAAAACAUGUCACAAAAGUUAGUCCUGAGAUUAUAAAAAAAACAUCUUUAUGUAAAUGAAAUCAUUUUGUUAUUUUAUUAUUAUUAAAUCUAUUUUGACUAUUUUUUAAGUCUUCAGGUUUUGACAUUUAUAUCUUCGUCUAUAAUUUCCACGUGAUUUCUUCAGUCAAGCUAUACUCAUACAAGAAUGUACAUAUUAAAGCAAUGUAUGUACAUAUUGAAGAGUAUUUUUAUUACUGUCGCCUGUUCGAAUGUUGAUUUUUGUAUGCAACUUUUUUAAGACAAAAUCACUAUGUAUGUUCGCCAAUGUAUUAUUGCUUUCUGCUUUCAAUGUUAAUCUUUGGACGGUGGUAUAGGAGCGCUUUACUGAGACGACGGCAAUCUCGACAAUGUUACACAUGGCUCAGUUAUUUGAGAUUGAUUUUGCGUGACGAUAUUAUGUAUUAUGAACUUGCUAAUGUGUUGAUUUAUGAAGGCAUUCUUUUUCUACUUGUUGAGUUCGAGGGCAUCGUGCUGCGUUAGCAGGACACAUUUCUGUGAGAUUCUUGAAUAAACCUAAUACUCUUUGCUUAAAUUCAGUAUGGCUUGCUGCGUAUAGAAGGCCGCGAACAAUUUUCAUUCGAUGAUUUUCAAUUUCAAUUGAUGUUGUUCCUAAUCAAAUUUCUGCCUGUUUAUGGGAGUUUUGUAGUUUGGAACGUCUGAGUAAAGCGAUCAAUAAUAUGAAACCGUGCCAAGUAGGUAGUCAGUUCAGGGACCAUCUAAUUUUGUAAAUAUGGCUCUUGAAUGGACCUUGAAAUGAGAUUUUUGUAGCCAAUUAUUAAUUUUUGAUAGCUUCGUGUGUAAUGGCCUUUGCCGGCAUCGUGAUUCGCUUAUACAAAGGCUGAUAUAAACGCAAGUGCAGUAACGAUGAUCAUAUGAUCAGUUAAUAAAUCACCAAUUGAAGUGCUAUCGUAACGCCACCUGCUAGCCGGGUCUACUAACAAAACAAAAAGAAAAGCGUUGCAUUGUGAAAUGAAGUGAAUUAGUGACUAAAAAACUUUUUUUCAUACGAUCUUUGAAAGAUUUAGGCUAAAAUUUGGAAAUGUGUGAGACUAUGUCCCAGAGUAUUUAUGUCAUAUACAAGGGCUGCUGCUAUAAGUGCGUAGUGUACUGAAGUAUAGUAAGAGACUCCGUAAUAUAAGAAUGAUAUUGAUUAGUACCAUUUUUCGACCUGUUCAACGAAUCAGACUAGCAUGUUUGGAAAUAUAGGAAAUUGGUUGAAACGAAGCGUUUAAAACACGUACGUCGGGUCGAGGGUACAAUUACAAUUAUUAUUUAGUAACUCUAUAGCGGGCCCAAGAACUACUAUGUUCUACCACACUAAAAAGAUAAAAUUAUCACAAAUUACUGCCCGGCCAGUAUUUAGAUGGUACCACGUAAAUAGCUAAUCGUGGCCAUUGUUUUACAAUAGGGGCGGGUUUACUCUUAUAAACCCGCCCCUAUCAGUCGUAUAGAAUCAAUUAGGUUGAGUGCAGUUAGUGUAAAGGGGUGGCACUAUGAAUUUGAAAGCAGUACGGACGACAAUAAUCACAAACAUAAGAUCGACUAGCGCCCUAACUUGCACUAACCUAAUACUUUGUUGCUACAACAUACAUGUCAAUCGAAAUUAGCUCUUAUUUCUAGGUCCAUAGCCUAAAAACUCAAACAUCACACUUGAUUGUACUGAUUUACUUGUCAACUUGUCGGUCUGAAUUUUGUAAUUACGAGUAAAGUACGAGGAACGCCUAUGUUAUCUUUUUUCUGUUAAAACUCACCUAUACUUUGUGAUAUAAAUAUAUUUCAUAGAACUUAAUAAUGUAUGAUUAUUUUCUAGAAUAUUUAUGAGUUCGAUGCUAAUACUCUGGAACGUGUAAUGUUUUUUCAAAUUUAGAACUGAUAUACUUUGAUAAUCAAUUUUAAUAUAAAGUGCAAUUAAAAUUCCUAGCAAGUAUUGCACGAAGGUGUAAAAAUAAUUAUAUAUCACACAAUCGGGGGGUUGAUUGCUCGGGAAACGUAACGAUUACAACCUAUUGUAUGGUUAUUGUAGAGAGAUAAAUUCAAUAUAAAUUCACCCU